AAAAAACAAAAAAAAAAGGAAAGAAGAAGGGGAGGGAAACCCGACUCGAAUCUUGUGCCAGCUCAAUCCAUCCCAUUUUGAAACUGCAAUUCAGUUGCCAAAACCCUAAUCUCUCAAAUUUGAAUUCUGUCUGAAGCGAAGAAUUCCCAAAUGGGAGCUGUCGCAUUCUAAUUCUUCAUCUCCUCAAAACCCUACAAAGAUGUUUAGUAGUUCCAAGAGUGAGAGCGACUCCUCUUAUGACAUUGAGGAUCUCUUACAGAUUGAAACAAGAUGUAAACAGCUAAAAAGAGAAAAAAACAUGUUGAGAGAGUCACAAUCUGAAAGCUUUGAGCUGAUUAGGAGAUUAGAGUUACAUGUGAGAACAUUAUCUGAAGCCCGCUCCGAAGACGAGAAACACAUCCAAGAGUUGGAAAGAGAGCUGAGGAACUGUUCUCAAGAAAUAGAUUACCUGCAGGAUCAACUAAAUGCAAGGGAUGCAGAGGUGAAGUGUCUGGGUGAGCAUGUACACAGCCUUGAGUUAAAACUAGCAGACAAGGAUAAUUUAGAGGAUAUGAUUGGCAGGUUAAUGGAGGAACUGAAGAGGUCAAAUUCAGAGUGCAUGCUCUUGAUGCAGGAAUUGGAGAACAAAGAAGUGGAGUUGCAAAUGUCUAGUCUGUGCAUAGAUAAACUAGAGGAGUCUAUUUCAUCUGUAACAUUAGAGUUUCAAUGUGAAAUGGAAAGCAUGAAGCUUGAAAUGAUUACCUUAGAGCAGAGCUGCUUUGAAGAAAAAUUACAGGAUGAAGCCAGUGAAGAAAAAACUAAAAUGAAUGGGUUGAUUCAAGAGUUUCAGGUCCAGCUUCAGGAUGCACAGAAAAUGAUCGAGUGUUUGGAUAAGGAAAAUAAAGAACUUAGGGGAAAGCUUAAAACAUCUGAAAUGGAUGCCAUCUUACUUCGUCAAAAGAUCAAGGAACAUACAGAAGAAUGGCUGGAAAACAAGGAUGAAUCUGAAUUAAAAACUCAGUCUUCUUCUGGUGAAUUAGAGAGCAAAUUUAACCCAUCAACAGAAAUGAGCACUAGUGCGGAAGUUUUGGUUCCUGUGUUUCCAAAGUUGGCAGUAUCAGCAACAUCAGAUGGAGAUUCGAAGGAGAAGAUGGAGAAGAUGUCACAUCAAAUCCAUGGCUAUGAACUUCUUGUGAAGCAGCUCAAGGAAGAAUUGAGAGAAGAAAAGUUGAAAGCAAAGGAAGAAGCAGAGGACCUAGCUCAAGAAAUGGCUGAGUUAAGGUACCAAAUUACAGGUAUGCUUGAAGAAGAGUGCAAACGCCGUGCUUGCAUUGAACAAGCAUCUUUACAGAGAAUAGCUGAGUUAGAGGCACAGAUUCAGAAAGAACAAACAAAAUCCUAUGCUGCUAUCAGGCGUGUCCGUGGAGCAUAGGAACUGGCUGUACAGAUAUUAUGAGGCCCACCAUUUGGAACAUUUGCCAAUAGGUUUA